AUGUUUGCACUUAGGGCUUCGUACAGCCGGCACUUCUGCAGGGCAUCCCGUUUGGGAGCAGCCACUGGCAUCGCUCGCGCUACACGACAAAACCAUAGUUUCGCCCAGAGCAAAUUCUUUCAGGUUUCCGAGGAGGUUCGAGAUGCGGUCGCUACGGGGAAGCCAGUGGUGGCUUUAGAAUCCACCAUUUACACACAUGGCUUCCCAUAUCCGGAAAGUGUAGCGCUUGCAUCGCUACUAGAAACUGUUGUUCGCGCCAAUGGCGGUGUUCCUGCGACAAUUGGUGUCCUGAAUGGCGUGGCUCGAGUCGGCCUCCUCGCCGAUGAGCUCAUCGAGUUAGCAUCAACAGCAGAGAAGAAGAACGCCCUGAAAGUAUCCCGCCGGGAUCUUGGUUAUAUAUGCGGCCUGGGCAUGGCCGGAAAACCGCUUCAUGGAGGGACAACAGUAUCCGGUACUAUGGUCCUCGCGCAUCUAGCGGGUAUCCGGAUUUUUGGGACAGGCGGUCUCGGCGGCGUACAUCGCGGCGCGGAGUCAUCCAUGGAUAUAUCUGCCGAUUUGACCGAACUCGGUCGAACCCCGGUGGCAGUUGUCAGCUCCGGCUGUAAAAGUUUUCUUGAUAUUCCUCGGACACUAGAAUACCUUGAGACAGAGGGCGUCUGCGUCGGAACGUUUGCAGACGGUCGCCAGGGGUCCGUUGACAUCCCGGCGUUCUUUAGCCGCGACAGUGGGAUCCAAAGCCCAAAGGUUAUUGAAAAUGAGGCGGAGGCGGCCGCGAUUAUUCAUGCACAAUCAAAACUACCGGUUACGUCGGGGAUGCUUUUCGCUAACCCCGUCCCGACGGAGCAUUCAAUCCCCCAGAGUGAAAUCGACGCUGCUAUUGAUGAGGCCGUCCGUAUAGCGGAUCUUGAAGGCCAUCGUGGUAGCAACAACACGCCAUUCAUUCUAGCAAAAAUCAAGGAGCUUAGCGGCGGGAAGACAGUGGCAGCCAACCGGGCUCUAGUUGAGGCAAAUGUCAGGCGUGCAGCACGGGUUGCAGUGGAGCUCUCGAAAUUGGAACGUUCUACAGUGUCUAGCAAACAACAUAUACCAGCGAUUACACCCAUCGGUAUGGCUGACCAGGCUCCUUCUUCAGUGACUAAGUCAAAAUCCCGAUUAGAAGAUAAACCUGCGGCACCAGUAGAAAAGGUUGAUAUCCUGGUUGCUGGGUCUCUUGCGAUAGAUCUCGCAUGCGACUAUGUUCCUAAUUCAGGACGCGAGACCACACCCGCGUUGCGGACAUCCAAUCCUGCGGUCAUUGAGCAAAGCCUUGGCGGGGUGGGCCACAACGUUGCCUUUGCCUCGAGGUCUCUAGGCCCUUCCGUCAUGUUUUGCAGCGUUGUCGGUGAUGACUUGGGUGGCCGCGCCGCGAUAUCAUCCCUACGGCAAGAGGACCUUCCCACGAGUGGCGUGCAGGUGCUACCCACAUCAUCUGGGGCACGCACUGCGCAGUACAUCGCCGUGAACGAUACGAAAAAGGAUCUCCAUUUGGCCAUGGCCGAUAUGGGGAUUUUGCAACUCCCCGCGGGGAUACUGGACUUUGAAGGUUUCUGGGAACCGAUUGUUUCCAGUACCAAACCGCAGUGGGUAGUUGUCGACGCCAACUGGAGUCCAGAAUUGCUGUCCAAAUGGGUCACUACGGCCAACAGGAACGGUGCUCGAGUUGCUUUCGAGCCCGUCUCUGCUGCCAAGUCUCGGGCCCUUUUCAAGAAGAGCCCCGAGAUUGAAGCAGCCGUGGGGGAAUCUGCAUGCGUUCCAAACAACAGCGUGAACCUCGCCGCGCCAAAUGAGUUCGAACUCGCGGCGAUGUAUGGUACUGCCCGGGAGAAUGGCCUCUUUGACUCCUCCAACUGGUGGCAGAUCGUUGAUGCAAUGGGCAUGUCCUCGUCUGGGUCAAGAGAGCGGCUCGUCGCGAUGACAUCGGGUGCACUCGUCGAUGCAGGCAUACCGCAACAGAGCAUACAGCUUCUUCCGUUCCUUCCGUGCAUAAUUACAAAACUGGGGGCCAGAGGAACACUACUAACACAGAUGCUUAAGCCAGGAGAUCCACGUCUUACUGAUCCUGAGUACAGCCCUUAUAUUCUUUCUCGUGCUGCAUCUACGGAGAAACUUAUCGGCGGCGUGUACAUGCGAUUGUUUCCACCCGCUGCAGAAAUAGCAGAUGGGGCCAUUGUCAGCGUCAAUGGUGCAGGAGACACCCUACUUGGAGCUGUUAUCGCUGGACUUGCUUCCGGGCGCAAAAGAGUUGAAGAUGUGCUGCCCCUUGCGCAGGAGGCAAGUCUCUUGACUCUGAAAAGCCCGGGUGGUGUCAGCACAGAACUUGCACAGCUACAAUCAAGAUUCAAGGCUAUUACUCCAUAA